AUGUUGCCCAGAAGCCAGGACUCUCCAAAACACUUUGUACCUGAUUCCAUUCCAGUUCCCCCAGAAGCAUAUGAGAGAGAAGAGUACUUUUGCAAGUUCACUCCUCGCAUCCAUCGUGAUGCUCAUCUUGCCGAUUCAGGGUGUUGGCAAUGUCAGGUGGAUCUUCUGGGUUCUCAAGGGACUGCCCAUGUUGCAGCGGUUCGGAGUGGAAGCAACAAAAACUACGCUGUUGGUUGUAUCAAUCCCACCGUUGGUAACUUUACCGCUCUGUGCGCAGUGGAAGCAAUUUCUGAGCGCCUUGCUCUAAUUUCAUACAUUGUUGAGUAUGCAUACGUGCACGAUGAUCUCAUUGAAUACGCCCCGGAGAAACGCGAGUCGGAGCUCAACAAAGCGAACAAGCAACUCACAGAAGGUCUCGAGGAGUAUGGAAAUGGUCAACUUUCUACGAGAAGCAAUGUGAAGAGACAAAUGCAAGCUAAGAUGGCUACGGAGCUGCUGGAAUUUGACCAAGAACAGGGUCAGGUUAUUCUCCGUCUCUGGAAGGAGAUGUCAAAAGUGUUUGUGAAUAUUAGAGAUCUUGACUUCCAUGCAUUGGAAGAUUAUUUCAUAUUCCGCGUAGUUGACGCAGGAUGCGAAUGGACCAUGGCCUUGAUGUGCUUUUCCAUGGAUUUUUAUCUCACGGAUGAAGAGACCGCACAGACUUCGAGCAUUACCAGUGCCGCAUAUGAUGCUUGGGUUCUGGUGAAUGACUACUUUUCCUGGGAAAAAGAGUACAAGAACUACGAAGCCAACGGAAGCACUGGGCAGAUUGUUAGUGCAGUCUUUCUUUUCAUGAAGUGGCAUGACAUCGAUCCGAUCACAGCUAAGAAGAUGCUCCGGGGUGAGAUUAUUGUGCGCGAGGAAAGGUACUGCCAGCUCAAGGCCGAUUACCUCGCUCGUGGAAACGUGACAGACAGGAUUAUCAAAUGGUUUAAGUUGCUGGACUUUGUGACAGCUGGAAACUUUGCGUGGAGCAUGACCACUGCACGCUACCACGAUGACGUUGAAGAUGCGUAUCCGGGUUUGCGGGCUGUGAAUCAGAAAAAGAAAGCCUCUCGUCCUUUCAGCAGCUUAAGCACACCAAUCACACCGCUUACGAUGAAUGCGAAAAAGGAGAAUUCUGUGGGAUCCGAAACCCCUGAUUCUCCGAGCAUUGUAGGAUCCAGCACGAAUGGUGAGGCUAGCACUGCACCCACAAGCCCUGCCUCAUGGAAUCUCGAGCAGCAAAGUCAUGAUAUCCCCCUUCCUAUCUUGGCAUUUGAAGAAAUUGUGUUGGAGCCCUAUGUUUAUCUAAAGUCUCUACCGUCGAAGGGAGUGAGGAACGCAGCAAUUGAUGGACUUGACGUCUGGUAUCAAGUCCCUGAACGAUCUGUUCUAAUCAUUCAAGAGAUUGCCGAUUUGCUACACAGUUCCUCCCUAAUGGUUGAUGACAUACAGGAUAACUCACCGUUAAGACGCGGCUUCCCAGCUACACAUAUGGUUUUUGGCGUUAGCCAAACAAUCAAUUCGGCUAACCUUCUACUACUGAAAGCCUUCAAGGCUGCGAUAGCACUUUCAUCCAAUGCUGCCGCUAUCUUCACAACCAGACUGUUAGAAGGCCAUGUUGGUCAGGGAAUGGAUCUACACUGGACAAAUCAGACGAAGGUUCCAACGGAGCAGGAGUACUUUACUAUGAUUGACGGUAAAACCGGCGGUUUGUUUGUUCUUGUUGCCGAAUUGAUGCGCUCCGAGGCAACGGUGAACAAAGAUCUCGAUGUCUCACCCCUCAUGAAGGCCGUAGGCCGGUUCUUCCAAGUCCGUGAUGACUACUUAAACCUUCAGGAUGCAGAUUAUACAGAGAAAAAAGGCUUCGCAGAGGAUCUAAGCGAAGGCAAGAUCUCUCUACCUCUUAUCCACACCUUGGCGGAGAAGUCCCAAUAUCGCGGCCGAUUACUCAAUAUCCUACAGCAGCGCAAAGUUGGGAAUUCCCUUUCUCCUGAGCUACGGAAGCUCGCAUUGGACGAUAUUACAGCCGCUGGCGGGCUAGAGUAUACAAAGAAAGUCAUAGUGGGUUUACAAAAGAGGAUGGAAAGAAGCUUGGCACAGUCUGAGGAAAGGGCGGGGGAAAGUAACUGGAUUCUACGAUUGAUGAAGAAGCGGUUGGAGCUUUGA